AUGAGAGCUACUAACCGGCGUCAGGUGGCCAUUCGCCAUUUCACAUCCGCCCUUGCGUUGGACCCAUUCUUCUGGUCUGCAUACGAGGAGCUCUGCAUCCUUGGAGCGGAAGCAGAAGCGUCACAAGCAUUCAACGAAACUGCUGCUUUUCACAUGGAGCAGCAGCAGCAGAGGGUUCAACAGGAGGUGUCAGUCCAGCAGCAGCAGCAGCAGCAACAGCCACAGCAGUGUUCCCAGCAGCAACAGCAGCAGUCAGGACAGGGACAGGAGCAAGUGCAAGAGGGGACAGCGCCACCGCAGCAGCAGCCGGCACAGCAAGCGUUGAAUGCGGCUUCAAACUAUGUCACGCCUCCUGAGGCAGUGGUGAGCACGUGGAGGGACACGGCCUCGCCUCGCACCCCUGCUGGGCCUGUGGCGCCGGCUGUGAGUGCUGCCACUCGCAUGGCCCACCGCCGCAAGAUGGUGGACGAAAACAGACUGCGAAAUGUGGCUGGUCGUCUGUUUGCUGAGCCCAGCACCCUACGACGCAGCACGCGGCUAGCAGAGGGCGGAGCAGGUGGGGGCGCUGCUGCUGGUGCUGCUGCUGGAUCGGCAUCGGCCGCUCGGGGAAGCACCGGGGUUGGAGGAGGAGGAGGGGGCGGAGGAGGAGGGACGAGUAGGGGCUCUGUGGCUCGCCGGACGACGGAUGGGUCUAGUCCAGUUAUCAUCCUUUCUUUUCCCCUGCUCUUGACGGCCAUCCCCUGCUCUCCUUCUUCCUCUCUCCUCCUCUGCUCUCCCCUCCCCGUGUAUCAGCCCGCAAACCCCUUCUGCAUUCUAUCCCAGCCAUGCCCUCUCUGGAUCUGGGAAAUGACGCUGCACCUCCUUCCAGUGCUGCUGCAGCUGCUGGUGGUGGUGGGGGAGGAGGAGGAGGCAGGGCGUCUACAGCAUCAGCAGCCCCCUCUCCCUUCGCCUCCCCAUUUACACUUCCUUCCAUACUUCCCUUCCAAUCUCCCAUCCGCCACUCCUCACACCGCAGCUGACCUUCCUGGAGCAACACCACAGGAUUGGGAGCCGAAGCAAGUGGCUCGGGAAGAGGACAGGGAGGCUCGGCAGCUGCAGCAGCCUGGGAGAGAAAAGUCGGGAGGGGGAAGCCAUGCCUCCAAUGGUGGGGCUUCGUCUGCUGAUAGUGCUGCAGGAGGGAUAGGGGGAGGGGGAGCAGGAGCAGGCGAGGAGGUGGAAGGGAGAGGCGCGUUGGGAAGAGGGAGCAGUGGCGCAGAGGGAGGGGGGAGAGAGGGGGAAGGAGGGGACGAGGCGGAGAGUGGGCAAGGGGGGGCGAAGAGUGGCGGGGGAGGGGUUUAUGGGGAUGCAGGGGAGGAUGGGAGUGCAGGGGGAGGGGUAGGAAAGGGAGGGGAGAGUGGGGCGUUGCUAGCAGUGCGGCUGCUGAAGCAAGUGGGACGAGCGUUCCUGCUGCUCUGCAUGAUGCGAUGCCAGGAGGCAAUUGAGGCAUUCUCUGAGCUCCCUGCUUCUCAGUACAACACACACUGGGUGUUGGUGCAGGUGGGCCGGGCAUAUGUGGACAUGGUGCAGUAUGGAGAGGCGGAGAGGGUGUUUGAAAUGGCACGCCAGGCCAGCCCUUGCCAUGUGGACGGCCUUGACAUCUACUCCACUGUGCUGUUCCACAUGCGCAAGGAUGUGCAGCUAAGUCUGCUGGCUCAAGAGGCGUUAGCAGUGGACCGCAUGGCUCCCCAGGCAUGGUGUGUGAGUGGUAACCUCAUGAGUCUCACCAAGCAGCACGAGGCAGCGCUCAAGUUCUUCCGAAGAGCCACGCAGCUGGACCCCUCCUUCACCUAUGCGCACACCCUCUGUGGCCAUGAGUACGCGGCAAUGGAGGAGCUGGAGGACGCUGCCCUCUGCUUCCGCACGGCCAUUCGCCUCGAUGCCCGCCACUACAAUGCAUGGUACGGCCUGGGGUCUGUGCUGAUGAGGCAGGAGCGGUUCCAUCUGGCAGAGUACCACUUCCGCACCGCACUCACUGUCAACCCCCACUCGUCCGUGCUGCAUACUUACCUUGGCGUCUGCCUGCACUCCCUCAAGAGGAGCAGCGACGCCCAUGCAUCCCUGCAGCAUGCGAUGCGGCUGGACCCGCGCAACCCGCUGCCAGUGUUCCAGCACGCGUACAUGCUGCUGGGGGACGAGCGGCUGGGGGAUGCGCUGCAUGCUGCCAAGCAGCUGCUGCACGUGGCUGCCAGAGAGCCCUCCGUCUACUUCCUCCUCGGCAAGAUCUGCAAGAAGCUGGACCGACCAGAGGAGGCGUUGAUGCACCUCAACUGUGCGCUGGACUUGAAGCCCCCCGCACAGCAAGUCAACCUCAUAAAGGCCUUCAUAGAGAAGCUUAACGUGCCAGACAACCUGGAAGACGUUGAGGAGGAGGAAAGCAUGUAA